ACCUGACAGUGUCGCCCUUGACACCUGUCUCACCAGGGAAGGGGCAGGGCACGGAUUUCAAGAGCCCGCUCAAGGUCCCCGGCUUGAGGGCCAUCUCCGACGCAAUUACCGGCCAGGAGCGAGCCAAGGUCGCGCCAGGUCUGGACUCACCUCUCAGGGAUUCUCCGCUGCAGUCUCCCUCCAGGACAGGGUCCAGCACCCCCAGCGUUGGUCCCAGCUUCGAGAUGGAUUCGCCUGACACAACCAAGAGCCCCAGUACUAUGGCCACCGUGACGAGCAAGGGCAGCAAGAAGAAGUCCAAGAAGGACACUAGUGCGUACACACGUGGACUGCUUAAGGUAUCGCCCCGCGAGGCGAUGGUGGAUGCCGACUACAGCGGCUGGAUGAAAAAGAAGAGCAACACACUUAUGACGACAUGGAAGCCACGACUUUUCGUUCUCAAGGGCAGGCGGCUCGCCUAUUAUUAUUCAGAGGAUGAUGAGCAGGAGAAGGGCCUCAUCGAUAUUUCAUUCCACAGGGUGCUCCCGGCAGACAAUGAACGGCUGACGGGCCUUCACGCAACACUCACCGGCGCAGGGAGCACCCCUACAAUACCCGCCAACACCACCGUAGCGACACUUGCUGAUACACAAGCCAGCAUCGACAUCACCUCCACACCCGACUCCAUCUUCAUCUUUAAGCUUGUCCCUCCUCGGGCUGGCCUGUCCCGGGCUGUCAAUUUCACAAAGCCCACGGUUCACUACUUUGCCGUCCCGAACAUCAAGCAGGGUAGGCUAUGGAUGGCGGCUCUGAUGAAAGCGACCAUCGAUCGCGACGACACGCAACCCAUUGUGACCAGCUAUCAGCAGAAAACCAUCUCGCUGCAGAAGGCCCGCCAGAUGCGCCAUAGGCCUCCGGCACUGAUGAACCUCGACGAGAAGGUGGAGGGCGACGAGGAAAAGAAGAGUGAUGGCAAAGAGACAAACGGUGGCGGCCUGGGUAUCUACAAUGGCACCGGCGAGGAUAGCGCCGUCUCAGGGCUUGAGAAGCUCGGGUUGUCCAGGGUCGGGAGUGAGAGAAGCAAGCAGUUGGAGAAUGGCGAGGUCCCAGCGAACCUGCCGAUGAGUGCGUAGUGGGAACUCUGACAGCCACUGGCAGGACCUACUUCAACUCCGAGCUGGUGGCUAGAUGUGGGCACAGUACUACUAAGCCAGACGGCAAUUUCUCUCUCUUUCUUGGAGCAUCGAUUAUAAUGCAUUCCAAUUUUCCUUGUACCCAAACCUGAAUACCCCUUUUCCUUCACAGACUACUGGCAAUGGAAUGCUUCAUAUACCCCCUUCAUUAAUUUUCGAUUAUAUUAUUACUACUACUGCCACUACCACUGCUUCUUCACUUCUUUUCCGUGUGGCCAAACCAACAAAGACACGUUCGUAACAAGUGGACUCGAAAGGGAGACCAGACGCCCAUGGGAACCUCAUCAACGCCAGCACGGGGAAGGAGGAGCGAUAAGUUUUGUUGCUGCUUGGUUGUGACGAUAAAGGUGGACGCGCAACUGACGAACGCUGGUCCUGCUUAUCUUGGAGGUGAAUGGGCUCCUGGAGCUUUACUAUAUGAGCGAAACGCCUAGCUUAGGAGUGACGUCGACGCCUGAUCCGGGAAUAGCUGAUUAUUACCCGAGGUUGGUUGUGUGCGCGCGCGGAUGGGUAGUUGUAUCUAGGAUGAAUAGGACAUGGCAGUUUAGUGUCUGC